UUGAGUACUUGUCAGUUUUGAAAAAAAAAAUAAAAUUCAAUAUCAAGAAAUUGAAAUAAAUAUAAAAAAUUAAAAGAAGAAAAAAAAAAAUAAUUUUUAGAUCUCUAAAAUUUUCUAUUCUACGGAGUAUAAUACAAAGCCGAAAAGAAAUUAUGUUUAAUUUUAGAUGCAUUGUUUUCUUUGCUAUAAUUGCAUAUGCAAAAUGUGAGGAAGUUGAAUUUCGGUCAUGCUCGGGAACAGAAGAAACAUGUACAGUUAGCAAUGUCAAAAUAAAUCCUUGUCCAGAAGCUGCUUCAAAUAAACCAUGUGUAAUUAAAAGAGGAAAAACUGCUGACAUUGAAUUUGAUUUUAUUCCAAAGAAUGACGCUGAUUCUCUUGUGGGUCAAGUAUAUUGGGCUACUGAAGCUGAUUUACCAUUAACAGGAAUGGAUACAGAUGCUUGCAAACAUACAGCAUGUCCAGUAGUAAAAGGAACUAAGCAAACUUAUAAAUAUUCAUUGCAAAUUGCAAAAAAAUUUCCAAUCAAUACUUAUGACAUUAAAUGGCGCCUUACAAGUGGAAAUAAAGUGGAUUGUUGUUUCAUUACUGCAAUUGAACUUAAAAGAUAAAAUUUAAUUUGUAGCGUAAUAAAACUGAAUUUUUUUUUCAAAUUAAAAUUGAAAAUUAUUGCUUUUGCUCAAAUAAAGAUUACAUAAACAAAUUUAAUAUAGUUGAAAAAACCAAAAAAAUUUUAUUAAUAUA